AUGUCGUUCGUCGCCUCGAGCCGUGACGACUCGUACCAGCCCAAGGCCAGCAGCAGCAGCUACGACUCGUACGUCUCGGUCCCGCAAGGCGCGCGCACCGUGCCCAACUCGCCCUCGUUCGCCCACGGCCACCACGCCCCGCCUCGCUCGGCCUACCCGGGUUACGGCGCCAUGAGCAGCGCGUACGACCCAUCGGCCUCGACGAGCGCCGACCUCCUCCCGCCCAUCACUGACCACCUCGUGUCGCCCCUCGUCGGCGGCGCCGGCGCCGGCCACCACUCGCAGCCGACUAGCCCGCUCGUCGGCGGCGGCGGCGGCGCGGGUGCCUACUUUACGACGUUCGAGCCGGCGCCUGGUGGCGCCAUGUCGGCCGCGAGCGCACCGCACAGCCGCCAGACGAGCCUCGACGCGCCUCGGCAGGGCUACCACCCGUCCACCUCGGCCAUGCCUCGUCCUCCCGACCGCGUCGUGACGCCCGACGCUGGCGGCGCCUCGUCCGCCCCGUCCUCGGCGCCGUUCGGACCGUCGCUCAAGGUCGUCCAGUGGACGCCUCAGCGCGGCGACGAGGGCACCCAGGUCACCGUCAUCCUCGACGCCGCCGCCGUGCGCUCGGCGCGUCCCUCGCCCGUCACGGGCCACCCAGCCUCGUUCGGCACGGGCUCGCCUGCGCUCGGCGGCACCGGCCUGCACCCGUCGUCGUCGUCGUCGCCGUCGUCGAGCGUCAACCGCCGGUUCGCCGUCCUGUUCGGCCACGCACCCGCGCCGACAAAGUUCACGCGCGCCCAGGCCAUCGACGGCAACGGCGUCGGGCAGAGCAUGUCGGCCGGCCCGAACGAGGACGACGCGUUCGUUGUCUUGACGGCGUUCGUGCCCGCGAGGAGCGCCAUGAGCGCCCCGGGCGAGCGCGCCAUGGUCUACGUCCAGAGCGUUGACACCGAAUCGAACGCCGUCGUCGAGCAGUGCAUAGUCGGCGAGUGGGACCCGCAGCACGUCGGCGGCUCGUCGUCGUCGUCGGCGGGAGCAGGCGGCAUGCCCGCGACGCCCGAGCGCUCGCGCCUCGGCGCCCUCAAGCGCUCGGGCGACGACCUCGUCAGCGGGCGCGAGGCGCCCGGCCUGCGCAGCCCGCACCUUGCUCCUGGCGGCGGCGGUGGCGGCGGCGGCGGCGCAGGGUCGGUGCACGGCUCGCCGGCGCGGUCGCAGGGCGAGUGGGGCGCGCACGCUGCGCACGCCGGCAUGCACCCGUCGCCGGCGCUGUCGCAGCACGCGUUUGCCGGAGCUCAGCCGCCGCCGGGCGUCGUCGACGACCAGCAGCAGCACGUCGUCAUGGGCGGCGCCGGCGCGUACCCUCGGCAGCCCGAAUUGAUCCGGACGUCGCAGAUCCACGCGCCCAAGAACGGCUACGGCGCCACCCUGUCGCACAAGGUCAUCCUCAAGCUCCAGGGCGACCUCAACACGAUGGCGAUGGGCUGGAGCAACGAGGAGUGGACCAACCGCCGCCGCCUGAUCCAGUUCUGGCCCCAGCAGGACGGCAACGUCAUCAACGUCGGAUUCCGCCCCAUCGCCCAGAGCGAGUACGUCCAGAACGCCAUCGUCAUCUCGUGCAUCUUCCGCGACGAGUGGAACGAGUGCUUCGUCACGAGCGUCGACGCCAUCUACCUCCUCGAGGCGCUCGUCGGCUCGCGGUUCACGGUCGAGGAGAAGAACCGCAUCCGCCGCAACAUCGAAGGGUUCAAGCCGCAGACCGUGUCCAAGAGCAAGCCCGACGCCGAGCCCUUCUUCAAGCUCAUCAUGGGCUUCCCCAACCCGAAGCCGCGCAACAUCGAGAAGGACGUCAAGGUCUUCCCGUGGGAAGGUCCUCGGUCCAGCGCUCAAGAAGAUCAUUCGGCGAACUACCCGAUCGGCGCCGACGGCGCGCCCAUGGCCCUCCCUCCUGCCGUCACCGAGCCGACCGACGACGACGGCACCGACCCGAACCGCUCGCCGAACUCGACGCCGCACCUCGGCCACGCCCAGGUCGGCGGCGGGCCCUCGUCGUCGGCAGCGAGCCCUCGCGUCGGGCACCAACUCGCGCCGAGCCCGCACCUCGGGCACCACGCGCACCAGCAGCGCAACCCGCACAUGGGCCACGCCGUCGUGAGCCCGCACCUCGGGCACGGCGGCGGACCCGUCGCGAGCACGAGCGCGAGCCCGCACCUCGGCGUGUACCCGCACAGCCCGGUCCCGGGCGGCGGCUCGAGCUCGUACGGCGCGUACGGCGCAGGCGCAGGCGCGAGCGGCGACUCAGGUUCGGGCGGCGGGCAGUACUACGGCUCGUCGGCGCCGCAGCAGGGCGGCCAGCAGCAGCAGCACCUGUACCCGGCCGACGACGCGUACGGCGUCCCGCGCGGGCACUACGGCACGCACAGCCACCUGCAGCACAGCCCGCACAUGUCGCACUCGCAGCAGCAGAGCCCGCACCUCGGCGCGAGCGUCAACGGCGGCGGCGGGUCGGCGAGCGCGAGCGGCACGCCGCACCUGAGGAGCUACUCGGACGGCGUGCAGUACUCGCAGGCCGGCGGCGGCGGUGGGUACGACGCGCAGGACCGUGCCGGGCAGUGGCCGUCGCCGCCGGGGCACCGGUCGGGCGAGGUCGAGGGAGGAGGAGGGUCGUCGAGGGAGGAGCCCUGACGCGGCGGCCGCACGGCGCCCAGGAGGGGAGGGCGCAGGAGGACGACGACGACGACGACGACGCAGUGCUUCGCUUGACCAGGUCUCCUAAUCCCCUUGCCGUACCGCCCUCGAGAUACCCCCCCUCCCUGCGAGCCUCCCUCACAGUGGCUCGAACCCCCUCUCCCCUCUGUCUUCCUCCUCCCUCUUGACUAGUCCGCCUGUCGCUCUACUUUGAUACAGUCCUCGCAACCUCUGCGCAGCUUUCCA